GCGAUGUCUUCAACUAUCAAUAUCAGACAAAAUCGGGAGAAAGCGGACGAAACGAAGCCGAUUUUCCAUUGAUAUUCGUCGGCAGAUGGGACUCUAUUAUGGAUUUCCACCGCCGGAUCUUGAAGCAAGUCCGACGCCGAUCACUUUUGUUUUCACUCGCUUUUCUCCAACACUCAAUUGCAAUGUUUGCCGGCAGCUCAUAACUGAAAGCUGAGGGCUCACCAAAUAUGCCAGACAUCUAUAAAAACACCUUCGCUUCAAGGCAUAUAGCCAAUUCUUUCCCUCAUCUAUCUACCUCACUCCGAGCACAGCUUUGCUUUAUACAUAUCAUCAAAGAUGUCCAUCGACUUUAGCGGCCUCCGAUUUGGCGUUGCUACUGCCUCUCUCGGUAUGAACUCGAUUCAUGAUAUCUACAAGAAGUUCGAGGCUCUCCAGAAGGCUGGCUUCAAGUACGUCGAAGUUGGCUUUGGUGCCUACAUGGAAUGGGUCAGGUCUGAACUUCCUGAUCUCCCCCCCUCCACCUGCCCUCCGGAAUGGUCUGAGGCCGACGAGCCCGACCCUUCUGACGAUGCCAUCUGGAAAGCCCUCUACGCCAAAGCUGAAGAUUUCAAGAAGCUCGUCGCCAAGUAUGGUAUGACCUGUCUCGUCCUCCAGCCUCUCAACCAGUUUGACGGGUGGCCCGAGGGUUCUAAGCGUGCCGAAUGGGUCAGGCGAAAGGCUGAAAAGUGGUUGCCUCUCUGUUCCAAGCUCGCCGUUGAGCAGCUUCAAGUUGGAUCUAACGACUAUGCCGAGGCCAACGCCCCUGACGAGAAGACUGCCGAGGACAUGCGCUGGCUCGCUGAGCUCGGUGCUAAGCAGAAUCCUCCUGUUAAGAUUGCUUACGAGUCUUGGUGUUUCUCUAAGCGAGUCAGCGACUGGGAGCACACCUGGAAGAUUGUCCAGCUCGGCAAUCACCCUAAUCUCGGUCUCUGUAUCGACACUGCCCACCCCCCUCUUGCCCCCGCUUACGGCUGGGACCCCACCACUGGCGAAGGCUGGACCGAUGAACAAUACGCUUCCUUUCUCGAACGUCUUCGCGCUGUCCCCAAGGAGAAGAUCUUCUACGUCGAGCUUUCUGAAGUCCUCAAGCCCGUUGUUCCCCUCGGUAAAGGGUCACCUUUCGACGAAUGGAGGGAGAAGGCUCAGAGUCCUCGAGGAGAUGGCUUCGUCUGGGCUGUUUGCGGAAGGCCAGUGCCCCUUGUGGGUAGGGAUGCCGGAAGGGGUGUGAAGGGUCCUAAUGACAUGGGUGCUGCGAGAGCUUUAGAAACUUUCAAGGCGGUCCUCAGUACCGGCUGGAGGGGUAUUUGCAUGUUCGAGUUCUUUGAAGCCCUUCACAUGGAACCUGCUGAUCCUGAGAUUCCUUUCAAGUACGCCGAUGCUUGUGCUUUGUCUAACAAGAGAAUCCUUGAAGCGCUCAAGGCCUAAAAGCAUGCUCUUUCAUGUCCAAAAGUUAAAGGGGUUAAAUAGACGUUGGUAGAAAUAGCAUGCA